AUGGGUUUGAGAAACUCUUAUGUUUUGUGCAUGGCACUUAUGUUGUCUUUCUCUUCGAUUAAUUGUAUUGACAUAACAACUAUUUUGGGCCAAAACCCAGAAUUCUCCACUUUCAACAAAUACCUAACCGAAACCAAGUUGGCUGAACAAAUCAACGCUGCAAAAGCCGUUACAAUUCUCACCAUCGAUAACACCGAUAUCGCUGGUCUCUCUGGUAAAUCACUUGACGCCGUUAAAACCGUUAUUGGAACCCACAUUAUAACCGAUUUCUACGAUGAAAAGAAACUCUUUGAAGCCAUUGGAAGCCAUGCAGAAUUGGCUACACUCUCACCGGCUUCCGGCUUAGCCGCUAAGAUCUACGUGGCACUUAUUAAUGAAGGUGAAGUUGCAUUUGGUUCAGCUGUUGCUGGUUCAACUUUUGAUGCUAAGCUUGUUAGAACCGUUAAGACUGAAACUGGAGUCCUAUCAGUUCUUCAGGUUUCGCAACCUAUUGUUAAGGUGGCUGAUUCUGCUCCAGUGAACGCAGCACCAGAGAUAGUUUCUGGUGCUGCUGGAAAUGUUGCUUCAGCCACCGCGUCUGUGGUGGGUGAGGCACCUGAGAGUGAGGUUGCUGGUGCACAUGCACCUGCUCCUAGUGCUUCUUCUCGUACCACGUUUGGGUUCAUUGGUGCUGUUAUGGCUUUUGCUUCCAUUUUUGUCGCUUUGUAA